UAAUUUUGUGUAACUUUUAUAGUGUGAGUCUAUGUAGCUAAUGUACGCUUUUCAAAGCAUAAGUAUUGGUUUCUUUACAAACCCAAUUGCAGGGCAGGGUUGUGAAGACACUUUAUGAGCAUACGCUCAGAAUGGCUUUAUAUCAAAUAAAGGAAAGCGGCACACACUUUAUAUAUGUCAACUAGCUGAUCAGUAUUUGAACUUUGCAGAGCCCGGAAGGAGAUGAAAAUAUUAAGCUCCUUCGGCGAUGUAGUUUUUCUUCCGCAGUUUAAAUAGAAGGUGUCCUGGUGAUAAUUGUACUUGUGUAUAUGUCCUGCGGCAUCAGAAGAUGAUUUCAUGAAUAAGUGAUUGUCACUCAGGAACGGCAGAAGGAACAAUCUGAGCAGAUGGAAACGUGGAUUACCGCUGGGUAUGAACCUUCCCUGCCCGUUACGGAAAAAUCAAACCCUCUGACCAGAGAUAUUGAUAAAGCAGAUGCAAAGCACAUUGUACACUUGCUAAAAAAUUGCGAUGCAGAAAUAUUUAAAAAAGAAUGGGAUGCACAUGAAAGCUACCAGACCCUAUCCAGUGAGUCAGUCAUUCAGAAAAUGAUUCAUCUGGCAAAGAAGGUUGAAGAAAUGUUGAAGGACCCAGAAGAAAGCCUCAUUGUUAUGAGUGGUUGUGGGACUUCUGGUCGUCUUGCUUUUCUGCUGGCGACGUCCUUCAAUGGAUUACUAAAGGAAUUGCAGCAUGAUCAGAUUUAUUCUUACAUCAUAGCUGGUGGAGACAAGGCCCUACUGAUAUCCCAGGAAUCUACUGAGGACAGUCCCCAGAGAGGGGUGGAAAUGCUGAGAAUGGCAUGUGAGGGAAAGAAACGUGUGCUUUUUAUUGGAAUAUCCUGUGGUCUCUCGGCUCCGUUUGUUGCUGGACAGAUAGAUUUCUGUAUGCAUAACCUGAAUGUCUUCACCCCUGUGGUGAUGGGAUUUAAUCCUGUGAAAAUGGCCAGGAAUGAGCCAAUUUGUGGUUGGCCUUUGACUUUCAGGCGAGUCUUGGAAAGGAUGGAGGAGCUGCAGAAAUCCAAUGAGGCCUUCAUCAUUAACCCUGUCCUUGGGCCUGAAGCCAUUAGUGGAUCUUCAAGGUUAAAAGGUGGAAGUGCAACAAAAAUAAUACUGGAGACUAUUUUCUUGGCUGGACAUGAAGCUUUUUUCAGCAGCAAGAACAUUACAGUUCAACAUAUCCUGAAACGGAUGGAAAUUUAUAAAGAAGUGCAUACAGUAACAUACUCUCAGAGUGACAAGAUUGCAUUCCUGGUUCAACAAGUUGGUGAAAGCUUGCAGCAAAGCGGACACGUCUAUUAUAUAGGAUGGAGUUCUCUUGGUGUAAUGGGUGUUAUCGACGCAAGUGAAUGUAUUCCAACAUUCGGUGCAGACAUUGAAGAUGUUCGUGGAUUCAUCUCGAAGGGUUAUGAUGAACUGAAAAACAAUGAAGGGGACUUAUCCUCAGUGGGCCCAGCAUUCCGCAUUGGCCACGUGGAUUUUGUAAACGACGUUUUGCCACAUGUGAGCAAAUCGGACAUCAUAAUCUUUUUGUUUGCACUUGACAAUGACCUUCAUGACAUUGAAACACUGGCUAAUCAGACAAAACUAAAAACCUCAAACCUGCAUGCUGUUUGCCAUGCUUACCCAGAAUUCAGUCUUCCGAUUGAUCUUCAAAAGAUGUUUUCAUCAGUACUGAGUAUUGCCUGGCCUGCUGUGCCUCUUGAGAGUGAAGGUUACCAUAUCAAGCAGGAACUGUCUACCAAAUGGAUUCUGAAUGCCAUCAGCACAGGGGGUCACAUCUUAAAGGGAAAAAUUUACUGCAACUACAUGUUGGAUUUAAAAGUCACUAAUACCAAGCUUUUUAAAAGAGCUGUGAAUAUAUUACAGAAGUUUACUCGGUGCUCACACUCGGAGAGCUUCAAAGCUCUUCUCCAAGCCAUCUAUGAUGUGGAGGAGCUAACAGACGCAAUGGCUGAUGCGGACGUCAUAGAGCACACCAUAGCAGCUAGCACAAGGACAAGGGUUCUCCCGACAGCACUGGUGAUACUGAUCCGGCACUGCUCCGUCUCUGAAGCCAAAUCCAGGCUAGAUGCUCAUCCUGUGAUCAGGGAGGCCGUGGAGGCCUGUCUCGCAGCCUCACAGGGCUAGAUUCCUGCCAAGAAAAAAAUAUAGCAAUGGUAAACUUUGAUUGUGCAACCAAAAUAACACGGCUAUAUUCUUCUGAACCAAGCUGAGUACCAGAUAAAAGAAGAGAUCUGGCAAUAAGCUGAAAAAUAUGAAGUUCUGUGGAGAUACACGAUGGUUAAUAGGUACAGUAGCAUAGAGGUAAAAAAAAACUGCACCAGUGACCAAAAGCUAGCUAAUUCAAAUCCCACAAGGGAGCCACUUGUUUACUUUAGCAUGGUGUUUAACCUGAUUUGCUUGAGUAAAACAGUAGGCAGUACAAUUGCAUGCAUGGGGUUGUAAUCUUAAUUUUGGUAAAAAGCUUAUCCUAAAAAUGUUGUGCCUUGGCCAUGUUCUGCAAGAGUGGUUAAAAAAUUGGUUGGAUGGAAAUCCUAAAUGGGCAAACUGGGGCUUAUUUGUAUUAUUUUAUCAGUUCCCACUAAAUCUGCAUCUAGCUGUGUGGUUUUACGAGUUACAAUUUCUUUAGUACUCCAGUAGCAGCUAAAUUCAUGCUAACAUUUUCUGUUCCCCAACUGAACAAGAGUGAGCUUUUACUGAAAUACUGAAAAAUGCUGCAAAAUGACUUGAAAUUGAUUUCCAUGUAUCAUGUUGCCAUCUCUUGAUUUAGUGGGUUUUAAAGAUUACUGCAUAUUUCUUAAUGAUUAAAAAAGACUUUUCAAACAGCUGUUUAAUUUCAAUACUGUUUUAGCCUGUGAAAGCCAGUCGAUUUCGUCUUGUUUUUCCGACAUCCGUGUCAAGUUGCAGCUGCACCUACAUUCAUCAUAAAUGUGUUUUAUCGUAGCAACACUAAAUCAUCCAUAUAAGAAACAACAGGAGUAAUACCCACCCCCCUUUAGUAAUACAAUAAGCAAGAUCUGCUUGCUCUGGAAUGAGGAACUAAUAACAGUAAGCAUGUUGUUCUGUUUUUGUAAAUGGUAACACUUCCUUGUUUUUUUAUAUGGUUGAAUUAUCAUUGUGCAGUACCUUACUGCCAUUCUGUCCAGUACUUCAACUCUUACUCAGUUCCUGCUCUAGGCAUUUUUACCUGGUGGCAAAACACAUAUUCACAUGCACAUACGUAUUACAGCAUUGCCUCAUGGAUUCUUGGAAUGUCCCUGUCUGUGUUAUUCUGGAGUGAUGCAGUUUUGUUACGCCUACUACAGGUACUUUCCUUAGUCUUACUUUGCGUCACAGCAACUUACUGCCAUUAUGUUAGUGACCAUGUACCCUCCCCCCUUUGUCACUAAAUAAAAGUCAUUGUUUCUUAAAUAUCAUCAAAUGUAGUUCUUAACAUAUUGACUGUAAUAUUUUGUUUGCUGUGAAACCCAUGGUUUCAGAAUUCCUGUAAUGGAGUUUAGUUUACUCCAUACACCUGAAUAGAGACUUCAGCAAAUUAAUUCUUAUUCUCAAUGCGUGCUACAGUAUACUCUGAGAUUCUCUAUAUGAAAAAAAGAUGUUUGGUUCAUCUAAUAAAAGAAAUGAUAGUUAAAUUGCACUUUUAAGUUUACAUUGAGAUUUUUUUUCUUAUUGUCCUGGAGCAACUGUAAACGCAUAAUUUCCUAAGAGAUUAAUAAAGUAUUUUUGAUUGAUUGAA